ACAUCCAUCUCCUGCGCUUCCUGUCAACGCAUUCUUCCUGCCGUGCUCCCCUCGUCCGCAAGUCUCUCCAAAGUCCCCCUUUCAAUCCGUUUCCUUCAUAUUCAUCAUGGCCGACGCGUUGACUGAAGAACAAGUCUCUGAGUACAAGGAGGCCUUCUCUCUGUUUGACAAGGAUGGCGAUGGCCAGAUUACUACCAAAGAAUUGGGAACCGUUAUGCGCUCCCUCGGCCAGAAUCCCUCCGAGUCUGAGUUGCAGGACAUGAUCAACGAGGUCGAUGCCGACAACAACGGCACCAUCGAUUUCCCAGAAUUCUUGACCAUGAUGGCCCGUAAAAUGAAGGAUACUGAUUCCGAGGAGGAGAUUCGGGAGGCUUUCAAGGUCUUCGACCGCGACAACAAUGGAUUCAUUUCUGCUGCAGAGCUGCGUCACGUCAUGACCUCCAUUGGCGAGAAGCUUACCGAUGAUGAAGUGGACGAAAUGAUCCGUGAGGCCGACCAGGAUGGUGAUGGCAGAAUUGACUACAACGAGUUUGUUCAACUCAUGAUGCAAAAAUAAAUGUUCACUGUUCACGACCCAAGUUUGCUUCUUUUUCCCGAGUAUUGCCGGAAAAUGGGUGGAGUAGAGAGGAUUCCUUCCAGUACUUGCCGUCACGAAUCAACUAUCGAGGUUAUAUUGGCCUUUUUUUCCCUUUUUCCAAUCUACUUGGCUGUCACUUUUUAACCUUCUGAAGCAACCAAUGCCUGUGACUUUUGCGAGAGGGCGUUAAGUCGGGUGAGAGGAUAUAACUGUGUUAUGUAUAGGAAACACGUCUUAUUUCCUUGCGCGACUUCUUCCCCUGCUACCUGGAAGGUGCCUUCUCUCUCUGCCCAUUUGUGGUCCGUCAUAUUUCAUAUCUAUGUUCUUUGAUCUAGUGCAUUUAGAUCAUAUUGACUUUUCCUCGUAGCUAAAUGCGCCACAAAUGAUGAACGACUUCUAA